GUAGGACAUGUUAGUCAACCGUAGAAAGGAGGUGAAGCCGCAUAGAUUUAUCGCUACGAGUGUUUCCGGCUUGUUGCUGAAGGGGGGUCUCCCCCAUUUAAUAUGGAAACAAGUCAGUUUACACCUUCAUUUUUUACUAAACUCGAUCCCUAACAGAGCACUAUGACUGUGCUUGUAAAGACCGCUUUCCUAGUUUUUGGAGUUAUCUCAUUUGGUGGAAAACGAAACCAGGUCGAAGGUUGUGGAGGCUGCGGACCUUCACCAAGACAUGGUCAGUGGUGCCCUUGGAACCCAGCCAGUUGGGAAGAAACUCCAUGUUCUAAUGGCUACAAGACCAGAAGCAGGAACUGCGACAAUCCAGCCCCAGCUCAUGGUGGUCGUGAAUGUUCUGGCAAUCGCUAUAUAUCCAUAGAUUGUAUCGAGUGUAACUACGACAACGGGGGUUGUGAACAUUUAUGUGUCAACUACGAUGGCACCUACUCAUGUCGUUGCCAUCCUGGCUACAAAAUUUCUACAGGAAAUUGGAAAAAGUGCGAUCGAAUUACCUGUGAUAUCAGUGAGUGGCCAACUCCCAGCAACGGACAGAUAUCUGCUCCUUGUGCAGGCCUAUCGCAAGUGGUUUCUGGGACGAGUUGUGAGGUCACUUGUGAUGAUGGGUAUGAACUGAGUGGCAGUUCAAGCUCUGUUUGUGGCAUUGAUGGGGAAUGGGAUCCAAGGACAACAGCAAACUGUAAAGUAAGUGAGUGUCCACCACUAACCGAACCGGAUAAUGGGCAAAUUACUCCCUACAUAUGCAAAACGAAGCCUCUGCAUGGCCAGACGUGUCAAUAUGAAUGUAGGCCAGGAUUCAGAGUCAUUGGACCUAGCUCUAGCAAAUGUGAUGAUGGGCAUUGGACACAUAAAGGAAUCUAUUGUCAAGAUUAUGAGCGCCCUUCAUUUGGUGAAACCUGCCCAUCUGCGCGAAGUGUUUUUGCUGACGAAGGGAAAGCGUCGGCCACAAUAAGCUGGGAACCAGUGAUAGCCACUGAUAAUGAUCAGGCCAUCGUGACUGUGUCUCCUCCCGUGACAUCUCCUCACAUUUUUUCUGAGGGAAGCCAUUCCGUAACCUACACAGCAACUGAUCCAUCCGGGAACGUGCAGUUAUGCCACUUUCAAGUCACUGUCCAAGUGCUUCGAUGCCCCGUUCUGUUCAUUCCUGCAAAUGGAAGACUGGAGAAUACUGCCUGUGGAAACUUGUAUGGUAGCACCUGUCGCUUGACGUGCAAUAAAGGAUACGAAAUAAAAGGAUCUGAAGAAAGAAAAUGUGACAAAAAAACUGGGACAAGUGUACUACACUGGACGGGAAAUGACACUUACUGUGAAGCUCUUCAAUGCCCUGCCCUGGAUAAUCCAGAUAACACAGUUAAAUCAGGUUAUGGUUGUACUGGUGUAUCCUCUACAUACGGCACUUCCUGUUUCUUCACUUGCAUGACGGGAUACUACAUGGUGAGCGGAUCGCAGAAACGAACGUGUUUGCAGACCGGAAUGUGGAGUGGAACCCAACUUCGGUGUGAAGCUAUCACCUGCCCCCCGUUUUCUAUUAAAUCUAAAGAACUGAUUAUCAGCCCAGCAUUCUGUACGAACGCAACUGCUGUCAUACAUCACAAAUCAGAAUGCUGGUUCUCCUGUAAGAAUGGCUAUCAGCAGAGUGGGCCUGGAGUCAAGACUUGCAAUCAGAACAACGAUUGGUCUCCUCUGGGAAACCCCUCUUGUAAAGAUGUGUCCGCGCCAGUCUUUGCAGGCUGCCCCUCAAACAUUUUCGUCACUGCUGAUAGAGGUGAAACGUCAGCUCACGUGACCUGGGCUCAUCCAACAGUUACAGACAACUCUGGCCUUGUUCCCAACAUUACCCAAUUCGGAAAACAACCUGGGAGCAGAUUUUCCGCUGGGGAGCACAAUAAACGUUACUUAGCAUCUGAUAGAACAGGGAACAUUGCCGAAUGUAGAUUCAAGAUCUUUGUUCAAGUUUUGAGAUGCUUGCCUAAGUUACAAGCUCCAGCGGGAGGGAGCUCUCUUUGCACUAAAGGGAAUCAGUAUGGAUCCGAAUGUUCCUUUACCUGUCACAUUGGACACAAGAUGAUAGGCUCCACGCUUAGGGUGUGCGAGAAGGACCCACUUACUUCUUUAGGCUUCUGGACGGGAAACGAGACAAAAUGUGAAUUGAUCAGGUGCCCGCGUCUCAAUUCUUCCACCCACAUUACGCAAUACGGAUGUGGACGUGGCUCUUUGGAUAACUCUUAUGGUGACAAAUGUCUGUUGUACUGUGAUGUCGGGUACCGGCGCGUAAACGGAUCCACUGAGAGAAUCUGCCAAGCUGACGGUACGUGGUCGGGAGAGGAGCCCUACUGUGAAGCUGUCCGCUGUAAGUCAUUACAAACUCCAAUAGAUGGCGAUAUUACUCCAAGCUCAUGCACAUCCAGUCCGAAGUACUACACUACUUGUCUUUUCUCUUGCCGAAAUGGCUACAGACUGCAUGGAGAGCCAAUAGCUACUUGCCUUGGAGAUGGAAGGUGGUCAAAAAAUGUCACUGCAAUGUGCAAAGACGUGGAAAGCCCUUCCUUUGGUUUAACCUGCCCAAGUGAUAUCAAGACGUAUGCAGACAAGGGAAAAAAUUAUACACAAGUGUCCUGGCCUCCCGUUAUUGCCACUGACAACUCUGGUCUGGCACCGAAUGUGACUUCUAGAGGUGUGCAAGGCAUAUACUACAGUGGGAAGUACGAAGUCAGUUACAACGCUUCUGAUGGAGCGGGAAAUUUCAAGAUCUGCAAGUUUCACAUCUCCGUCGAGGUCUUGAGAUGUCAGACACUACUCCCUCCGCUGGAAGGAUCUUUUUCAGGAGAUUGUGACAACAUUUAUGGUUCGACGUGUAAAGUGGCUUGCAAGGAUGGCUACAACUUAGAUGGAUCGAGCAUCCUUACUUGCCUCAGGAAACCAGGUCAUAUAACAGGAUAUUGGAACGGUUCUUUCCCAGUCUGCCAGGCGCGGAGAUGUCUUUCUCUGAGUACUCCACAGUACGGCUUUAUCUACCCCCGCAUGUGUAAGUCGUCUCCAGUCAGCAGAACAGCCUGUUACUUCGAAUGCAGGAAUGGUUUUCACGAAAAUGGUGGAGAAACUGUGGUAUAUUGUGGAAAUGAUGGGAAGUGGAGCAAAAACAUUUCCUCGAUAUUAAAAUGCCUAGAUGUGUCACCCCCUGUAUUUAGGAAUUGUCCCUCAGACAUUCGUGUAAACCUCAACGCAAAUUCAACAGCAAUGGCAAAUUGGACCGUUCCAGUUGCAUUGGACGAUAGUAACGUGGUACCACAAGUGACAGUCUACCCUCACGGGAUUAAGCCACCUCACGUGAUAAAUGAGACACUCUUCGUUGAGUACAAGGCCAAGGAUCCAAGCGGAAAUGUAGCCAAGUGCUCUUUUAGAAUAAUACCGGAAGAUAACUCAGGUCCUGUGGUCGUUUUCUGCCCUUCAAGUCGAAACAUUACCUCAGAUAACCGACAAAAAGUCGUUACAUGGCCAGAUCCUCAGUUUAAAGACAACAGCAACGGCCCGCUGCAUAUAACGUGCAAUCGAAAAAGUGGCACUGUCUUCUACUGGGGAAGCUAUACAAUACACUGUAUGGCAUAUGAUAACAACCCGGAAAACGAACCAGCAGUCUGUAAAUUUGACCUCACGAUAAGACCGAAAGAAUGCAAGGAUCUGAAAGCACCUAUCAACGGAGCCAAGGCUUGUGAUGACUGGAUUUUCGGAACGAUGUGUACACCGUCUUGUAACAGUCGAUAUGAUUUUAGCGAUCCUCUGCGGGUCAGCGUUUGGGCUUGUGGAGGAUCGGGUACAUGGUUUCCUCCAAAACGCUGGCCAGACUGCACAAUAAAAUUUCAUCCCAAUAGAGUGAUAAUGGCAAUGGAAUUGCACUACUAUGAUGGAGAUUGUAACACAGAAGAAACCAGGACUCAAAUACAACAGCUCUUUAUAAAGAUUCUCAACGGGUCUGUACGUUAUAGUCAAGCCUGUCAAGAUCCAUCUGUCAGAGAUAAGUGUAAAGCUGAGAACGUUGUGGUAACGUGCGGGGAGAUCGACGAGUCUGUUGGCAACAGAAAAAAGCGCUCGAUAGGCGAUAACAAACACUUCAGAGAAAGGCGAUCCAUUCCACAAACUAGAGUCGCUGUCGAGAUCAUUGUCGAGCUUGAUGGAAUUGAAGGAAACGACACCGACGAAGGUCAGAUCAUGAUCGGAGAAGAAGGGGUGAAAAUUGCCUACAACAUUGGCAGUCUGAUUAAACAAGCAGCUCAAAACGGCAGCUUUCGCUUCACAGUCAAUGGCUCAGAGUUUGUCCCCGACAUAAAAUCGCUCAACAUCUCAACCCCUCAGCGUCUUUGUAAUAAGGGUCAGAUUUACAGGAAUGGAUUCUGUCUAAACUGCAGCUCUGGAACAUUUCUGAACAAAACCACUGAAAAAUGCCAAGACUGUCCUCAUGGUGCCUUUCAAGACUCUGAAGGACAAGAACAGUGUUUGCCCUGUCCACCAGGAACCUCCACCAUAGAAUCAAGAACCGCAAACCGCUCCAGCUGUUUUGCCUUUUGCAAAGCUGGUUCUUACUCCCCCACCGGUCUUGAGCCAUGUUUCCCUUGCGAUAAGGGCUCCUACCAAGAAGUGGAUGGUAAGAAAUAUUGCUCUCAAUGUGCAGUAAACCAGACAACGACAUCCGAAGGUUCCAAUAGCUCUAUGCUGUGUGGAGAGCCUUGCCCCCCUGGCUCGUUUUCUUCCACUGGAUUGGCACCGUGCUCUUUAUGCGACCAACGCUCUUUCCAGCCACGUAAUGAGAGUCGAAUAUGUUUUUCAUGUCCAGGAACCACUGUAACUGUAUUUCCCGGAUCAAAGACUGCACAAGAUUGCAUAGAAAUCAACGAGUGCAAAUCAGACCCUUGUAGCAACAACGCCACAUGUACAGACCUCAUUGGAGAUUACCUGUGUUCUUGCACCUACGGUUACACUGGAAAGCAGUGUGAGACCAACAUUGAUGAAUGUCAAGACCAACCUUGUUUCAAUAAUGGCACAUGCCCUGACCUUGUUAACAAUUACACCUGCACUUGCGCACAAGGUUUCCGUGGAAAUAACUGCGAAGAGGACAUCAACGAGUGUGAUUCGUUAUCAUGUGCCAACAACGCGUCCUGCCAGAAUCUCCCCGGAGGAUACAAAUGCCAGUGUAAACCUGGUUACAGUGGGGCCCUCUGCGAUAUUGACAGCGAUGAUUGUCUUAUAUUCCCUUGUCAAAAUGGAGGUACUUGCCGAGACGGUUUCAAUAACUACAAGUGUAUCUGUGUUUUGGGAUAUCAGGGGGAUAACUGUCAAGAGAAUAUUGAUGACUGUGCAGGCAACUCUUGUCAGAACGGAGGCCAAUGCAUCGACGGUAUUGGCAGCUAUCAAUGCUUUUGUCCAAAGGGCUUUACUGGUAGUAAUUGUGACAUUGACAUUGACGAAUGUGUAACGGCAGACUGUAAGAACAAUGCUACUUGUAUUGAUGAGAUAAACGGAUACUUCUGCAAAUGUGAACAGGGAUUUUCUGGAAAGACAUGCGAGACUGACAUUGACGAGUGUUUCUCUAAUCCCUGUAAAAACCAAGCACAUUGCGUCAAUAUGGUUAAUGCGUACAAAUGUGAUUGUCAAGAUGGUUUCGAUGGUUUACACUGUGAGAACAACAUCGACGACUGCGCUACGGGCCCUUGCUCGAAUAAUGGUUCCUGUCACGAUGGUAUUAACAAUUUUACGUGCGUAUGUCCGCCUGGUUUUACGGGCGAACUGUGCAACAUAGCCAUCGACUAUUGCGCCUCGAAGCCUUGCUUCAAUAACGGUUCAUGUCUGGAUGACACCAAAUCUUUCACGUGUCAGUGUGUAGAUGGUUUUAAAGGGGAGCGCUGCGAAAUCAAUGUGGACAAUUGCAAAAAUGCUACUUGCAUGAACAACAGCACUUGCAUUGACGGCAUAGGCAAGUAUGAAUGCGCAUGUGCGGAAGGUUUUGUUGGCAUUGAUUGCGAGAUAAAUGUUGAUGACUGUGCGGGAAACCCAUGCGUCAACGAUGGAACAUGCACAGACCUCGUAAACGACUAUCAAUGCAACUGUAAGUUGGGUUACACAGGAAAAAACUGCAGCGUGAACAUCAACGACUGUGCUAGUUCUCCUUGUAACAACAAUGCUACGUGCGUGGACCAGUUGCAUAGUUAUACCUGCAUCUGCAAUGAUGGAUUCAGUGGAACCAAGUGUGAGGUUGAUAUCGAUGAGUGUGCAGUGAACUAUUGCAAAAAUGGAUCCACUUGUAAAGAUGAAGUAAACGGUUAUAGUUGUGAAUGUACCCCAGGCUUUUCGGGGGACGAUUGUAGCACGGAGAUUGACGAAUGUGCAUCUUUUCCAUGUGACUAUGGUGGGACAUGUUUUGAUCAGCUUAAUGCAUUCCUCUGGGUCUGCAAACCUGGAUUUACAGGCCAGCGAUGUGACAUGAACAUAGAUGAAUGCGUGUCCAGUCCAUGUCAAAACAAUGGCACGUGCUUGGAUCGUGUGCUAAACUACACUUGCAAGUGCCCAGUAGGAUUUAACGGAUUCCACUGUGAAAACCCAGUGGACUAUUGUUCGGAGUCUGGUAACUGCACCGUAAAUGGACAUUGUGUCAACUCUCGUACAGAUUCCUACUGCAACUGCAGUACCGGGUAUUUUGGGAAAUACUGUGAAUUUGAAAUCGACGAGUGCUUGGCAAGACCUUGCUUCAACAACGCUACUUGCCAUGAUGCCAUUGGUGACUUCUCUUGCUCCUGUUUAGACGGGUACACGGGGAGGCUGUGUGAACUGAACGUUGAUGAUUGUGGAAACAACUCUUGUCAGAACAACGCGACUUGCAUUGACCGUAACCAGGGGUAUUCCUGUCUCUGUUCCGAAGGUUACAAUGGUACCUAUUGCCAAACAGAAGUUAAUGAAUGCGAAUCAAGUCCAUGUUUAAACAAUGGCUCUUGUAUCGACCUGACUCCUGGAUAUAAGUGUGACUGCUUUGAUAAAUUCAUCGGAGAGAACUGUGAAAACUUGACGGAUCUUUGUUUAUCUGCACCCUGUGAAAAUGGAGGUACAUGCAAAACUGAAAGCGGUGGGGAAUUCUUCUCUUGUACGUGUCCAGCAGGUUUUACAGGAAGUACUUGCGAGGUCAACAUCAAUGACUGCGUCUCCAAUCCUUGUACGCCUAAUUCUUAUUGUCAAGACCAGGUCAAUGGGUAUACUUGUGAAUGCUACCCUUCUUUCACGGGAGAUCGCUGCGAUAUCUUUCUGGGCAGCAACUUUGAUCUGAUAUUUAGACGUAAAAGUAAAGACGACAUGGUACUUCUGUCAGACGGCAAAAGUGUUCCCAGCAUGAGGUCGUUUACAAUCGCCCUUUUUGUCCGUGCCGAUCCAAGAUACAAGUCAGGGACACUGUUCAGUUAUAGCGUUCCUCAGCAGCCGCGCGACAAAAUAAUACUUUCUUUUACAGAGUCUCAAAUCAUUUUGGAAAUCAAAGAUGACGUGAUAAAGACGAAUUUCGAGCUGCCAGAUGACCAUUGGCAUUACGUGGGAGUUGUUUGGAAUGGAAUCACUGUAGAGACGUUUGUAUACGUGGAUGGACCGGAGGUAAAACAUUCCAUGGAUGCAAAAACCGGAAGCACUAUAAUGGGAGGUGGCUGGAUCGUAUUGGGGCAGCGUUAUCUCGCAGAGGAGCAAACGCCAACUGAAUCAACGGCUUUCGUAGGCACUCUGCAUCAAGCUAGCUUUUGGGAUGUACCGGCAUCUGCAGACCACAUGUGGAAUGCUGCACACAGUUGCACCUGGCCUGUUGCAGGAAGUGUGCGAGCGUGGAGCAGCUUCUUACUGGGGAUCAAAGGAGAAGUAGAGAAGAAGUUUAUGACACAAUGUAAAGCUUUAGAAAACUGCACGACAAAUUGCUCCCACUUUUUCCAUUGUGAGGCUCGUGAAGUCCGUUACCACUGCACGUGUCAACUCGGGUUUUCAGGUACCCACUGCAAUAUCGACAUCAAUGAUUGCAGUUCCAAUCCUUGCAUCAAUGGAAAGUGUGUGGAUGGUGUAAACCGAUACGAUUGUGAAUGCCAUGACGGGUAUUAUGGCACUAACUGUGAGCAUAAGAUCGUCGAAGAAAAAGUUUGUCCAAAGCUGGAGAAACCUAGAAAUGGUCAAACGAAGUGUCGAAAACUAUCUGGAAAACUGCUAUGCAUCAUGUCUUGCGUUGAAGGACACGCCUUUAAUUCCGGAGCAACUACAAUGUAUGGCUGUGGGCCAGAUACAGAAUGGAAAUGGAAUGGAAAAGAUGAUCUUGAGAUACCCUCUUGCACAAGUAAAGCUGCUCCUACAGACAUAGAACAUCACUUCUCUAUAAAAUUUCUUGGGAUUAAUUGCAGAAACAUAAAAAACCACAACGAUUUACUCAAAGCUGUCAAAAGCGCUGUCAACAAAACACUUUCAACAGUCUCCAGAUGGCAUGCUUGCCAAUUGACAAAGCUUACUGUUCCCGGAUGUGAAUUACCGGAGGAAAAUAAGAAAAAGCGAGCAGUUACUUACGCAAUGGAGGUUCUUUUCUCACUGAUGGUGAGAGAAGCGCUUGAUAGUAACUCAGUGAAUGACGAUGUCACAGAGAAGAGUGAGGCUGUCCUUUUUCAAAUGAAAUAUGCGGUUGCCACUGGACAGUUUAUUAUAAAUAUGAACGGAAUGAACAUCACCGCUGAGAGGUCUUCACUACAACAUCUCUCUUCUAGUGUUAUAUGUAAUGCAGGAUUUGUUACAAGUAGCGAUGAAAAAGGAUGUGUGGCGUGCCCGGUAGGAACGUACUACAAUCAAAACAGCUUUAACUGUACGCUGUGUGGCAAAGGUAGUUAUCAGGAUAAGGAAGGCCAAUCCAGCUGCGAACAGUGUGAGCAAGGAAAAUCAACGAAUGUGAAUGGAGCUAUUUCUAGUAAAGACUGUGUUAGAGAACCUGUUUCUAUCGAGGAAGGUACUUCCAUUGGCGCUAUCGUCGGAGCUACAGUUGCUGUAGUUAUUUUAAUCCCCUUGGUUGUUUUCUUUUUAUACCGCAGAUUGUUUCAUAGGUUCACUGGAAAACCGGAACCAAGCAACGAAUCGAUUACGUAUUCCCAGCAGGGAGUCGGUAACCCAGGAUUCCUGAUGGAAGACAGAAACAUGACGGUGACUGAACGCCGCAAUGGACCCCGGGAAGAACAUAGCGAAAAUCAGUCUCCACCUCCGACCUAUACUAAUUAUGUUUCGCCUUAUGCAGUUACUGACUUAGUCUAUAGUAGAAUCGUUUAAACUUCCCGAUUAUUUCGAAGCCUGCAAACCAGGUUAUCCAGGUAUAUGGAUUAACAUUUUGAGACUGUGAAGGAAAUGUGGACAUUUUCCGAUUACAAUUGUCUGAUCAUCGCCCAAUUAAACGGUCUGAGUGCAACUCUUCAGAGUUAUUAGGGGAUUGCGAUGCAGUAAUUUUACGAAAUCGUUAUGUUCAUGAUGAGCUUAGAGAAUAAUAUUUCUCAGAUACUCGUGGUUUUGCGGCUAAAGCAGAGCUCAGGGGCAUGUGAAAAUCGAUAAACUAAUAUUAACAUUGCCUGCGGGAACUGUCCUUGUUUAACACCAUUACAGCGAAAAGAAGUCUGAGACCUUUGGACCAUUUGUGCGCUCUGCUUUUAAACUGGUGCACUUAACUUUUUUUUUUUUAUCACAGUAAACUUUGUAACAGUUACUGCAAUAAAAGUGUUCUCUACGUAGCUUGAAAAAA